CGUCCGGUCGCCCAGGCAACGCUCCACUGAGUAGCAGCCUGAGUGACGCGUGGCGGCUAGCGUCCGGCGCUCCUGGGCACACUCGGCAUUGGCAAGGGCCGCUUGGGUACAGCGAUGACUGACGAGGACUCUGAGAGCGUCCACACCGAUUCCCAGACGGGAGAGGACAGCGAGCUUCCUGUCAUCCAGCUGUGCGGGCUGGUGGAGGAGCUCAGCUAUGGAAACUCUGCUCUCAAAACGGAGACAGAGAUGUUUGAGAAAUACUGCUGUAAACUGGAGUCUAGGGAAUACCGACCUCUGCGAAUUUCAGAUGUUAAAAUAACAGCAGCAGAAUUUGCACAGUUACGGAGCAGGCGUAAAUCCAAACCCCGGGCAGGUGACCGUAUGAUAAGCCUCAGUGUCGAACAAAAACUUGAGCUUGUGCAAAAGGAGCUGGAAGACAUGAAGGACGAGUUGAGGCACAUGAGGGCAAAUGCUGAGCGGGACCUGCAGUACCACGAGGCUAUCAUCGAGGAAGCUGAUAUUCGAUGGACUGAAGUCCAGAGAGCAGUGCACGACUUUGAAAAAGAUAUUCUAAGAACCAUAACCAAGAAGAAAGGGAGUAUUUUGGCCACUGAGAAAGUGUUGAAGUACAUCGAGGACAUGAACCACCGGCGGGAUAAUUUGAGGGAUAAAUUACGUUUGAAAAAUAUUUCUCUCAAAGUUCAGAGGAAAAAACUUCUUUUACAAUUGAGGCAGAAGGAAGAGGUGGGCGAGGCGCUCCAUGAUGUUGAUUUUCAGCAGUUGAAGAUUGAGAAUGCUCAGUUUUUAGAGACGAUUGAAGCACGGAAUCAGGAACUGAUCCAGCUGAAACUGUCAUCCGGAAAUACCCUGCAAAUCCUCAACGCAUACAAAAGCAAGCUUCACCGAGCGGUGGAAAUGUUCAUCAGUCUGGGCAAGGAGAUCUUGCUGAGAAAAGAGCUUCUUGAAAAAAUUGAUAAAGAAACCAUACAAGUAGAGGAGGACCGGGCCAAAGCCGAGGCUGCCAACAAGAAGUUGCGGAAGCAGCUGGCUGAGUUCCGGGCGCCACAGGUGAUGAUGUACCUCCGGGAGAAGAUCCUCAAUAUGGAGAUGGAGAAGACCAUCAAGAUGUGGGAAAGGAAAGUGGAAAUCGCAGAGAUGUCCCUGAAAGGCUACCGCAAGGCUUGGGAUAAAAUAAAGGCAAGCAACGAGGAAUUGCAAGCAAUUGGCUCCCCUGGGAAGUAGCCAGGGGCAGGAGCACGGAUGGCUGACCAAGAAAUGAUCCAUUAAAGCACUCCCCUCUCUUCUAGUCACAGGGUCCUCUCACUGGUGUCCCCGACUCCCCAGCCAGGCUGGCCAUCACCUCCCAGGCCAAUCUGCCCACGGGGAGUCUUCACCGCCUGGCCCCUGGAACCAUUGUCACUGAAAGAACCACAGGGCACGCUAACGGUUUGACACUUGUUAGCCCACGUUUAGUUCACAAGCACAAAUGAAAGUGACCUUUCCGCAUGUGGGAGUGGGACAGAGGAGGGAGAGCCAGCCCAGUGUGUGCUGUGGGGCCGUCCGUGGCAGCCCAGGUGUGCAACUAUCAAAAACAGACACCCCAACAUCAUGGCGAAUGCCUGGCACGUGGCAUCCUGAGCUUCCUCUUCAGUUUGGUGGAUUAGCUCCCCUUAGACUAGACACCGCUGCCAAAGAAAACAAGCACGAAGAAAACCAAGACGAUUUCUUGGGGCUGAUGUAACCUGUUCUGACCUGCAAAAGACCCCCCCUCCCCAGCCUCCCCACCGUAAUAGUCAUAGUACAUGGGUUGAAGGGCCGCCUCCGAAGACCUGCCCGAUUCCCGGAGACCCUUUUCCCUAAAGUCUAGCUCAUCUCUAGUGCUGUUCCUCAGCUGUGAAGUCAUAGUGGAACUACUUUGUUCUUGGAAGGAGGCUUGGGACCGUCUGGUGUGGCUCACUUCAGAAUGUGUGCUCCUGUGGCUCACUUCAGCAUGUGUGCUCCUGUGGCUCACUUCAGCAUGGGUGCUCCGUGUCACGGCAGCGUGCUCUUCGAAAGAGGGACGAGGUAUAAAAUGGUCCCAGUGUUGGAGUGAGAACAGGGGAUGGUCAUCCCUGGUAGUCAUGGACAUGAUCCAGUCGCUGUAAUCUUCCACCCUGGUGUAUAUGAAGAUGCCUGGGCAUGUAUCUCCACCUUGGGUCAGGAUUCCUCUCAGGAUCCACAGAUCCAACUGCUGUAGCUGGCACAUCAUGGGGCUUCCUGCUUCCCCCUGCGACAAAGGACAGAAGGCUUCAGGUCUUAGAAAAACAGGUUUUCUUUUUUUAA